AUGAAGGAGAGACGGCCACAUCUUCGAACUUUGAACCAAUUCAUUCCAAUAGAUACUGCCUUAUUGACCAAACCAUGCAAUAUGCAGCAAAUUGAAAAUGAUCUUUACAUGUCGUCGAGUGAUCAAAAUCUCAUAGAUGAUUCUGAUACUGAUCCAAGCUAUGUCCGUCAAAAAAAGAAAAAACUGCCCCCGAAAACUCAAAAUCAAGAUAUUGUUAAUGAAGGUCGCAAUGGUCAUCCCAGUAAAAAUAACAAUGAUCAGCCCGAUGAAGAUCGCAAUGGACAGCCUAAUGAAGAUUGCAAUGAUCAGCCCCAUGAAGAUUGCAAUAACCAGCCUAAUGAAGAAGCAAAAAAAGGAAAGAAGAGGCUAAGAAGAGAAUCGACAUGGAAAGUAAAUAUUUGUAAAGUUCUGAGGAAUUCUGGUAAGGCCUAUCAGUCUUUAUCAAAAACAAAGAAACUUGUUCGUGAAAGGAAGGUUCGCACGACUUGCGGCGAAAAAUGCAGAUUACGUUGUAAUUUGAAGAAAAUCAGAGUAUGUUAG